UUGACUUUUGUUUUCGGUCGGAACUUUUAAUGUGUGGGACUGUCAACAAACAAAAUGGCGGCAUAGCGUAUUGUAUUUAUGGAUGGAAGGUGAAACUCCGUUAAGUCUCCAAAAGGUUGCAGGUCAUUACAAGCCAUGGUGCUGAAAGUCUUCUUCCCACAAUGCUGCAACCAGGCGGAAAGCGGGCUGCUGGUGGGCCGCUGGAUCCCUGGCGAUGGCCACGACUCGGCUGUGGUGUUGGCUGUCAUCCACUACCCGUUCAUCCCCAGCCAGGUCAAACAGUACAUCCAGCAGAUGGAGGCCAAGAGCAAGGUUGAGCUGUCUGUGCUGGGCUCUUGGAGCUUGCCCAAGGAUGGAGAGCAGGAGGGCAUGGAGAGCUUCCUGAGGGACCUGAGCACCAUGUUCCCUCAGCAACGCUGGCUUCAGAUCAGGCGGCAGAUGGGGAAGACGGGCUUCACCUGCCAGCUCCUCAACCGCCAUCUCACAGCUCAACAGAAGGCAAGUCAGGGGGAUGUGAAGAAUGGGAAAGAGGAGGAGGAGGAGGAGAAGGUGAUCUUUGUCCACUACGAGCAGAGAAAGGUGAUGGAGUCGCAGCUUCAUCCCAUCCAGAACGGCCUCGCUGGGACGCAAAGAGAACCUCCGUCCGAGCUGAGACAAGUGUUCCACACGGUGGCCCACAGCCAGCCGCUCUUCUUCCUGGACAAAUACGACGACGGGCCCCUGAAGUCCACACACUGGCAGACUCAAGGCCGCGAGGGCAGCAUCAUCGUGGAGCUGCUCAAGCGGGCGUCGGUGCCGCUCUGCGUGCUCCUCGUCUGGCUCCUGUCUGUGUGGACGUGGAUGUGCGACAUGCGCGUCUUGCGUCUUUACCCGCUGCGCUUCCUGUCCAGCAAGCUGUCCACCUGCAUCCAGCUGGGCUACAGGAGCCAACACCUAAAGACACUCAGCUCGCCCAAAUCAGCCGUGGAUCACACACACUUCAUGAGGAAAGCCAACAUUUUUGUGUCCUUCCUGGUGGACGUGGCUCUGGGCAUGAUGCUGGUGUCCUGGCUGUACAGAGACCAGCACAUUAGCAUGCUGGCCAACACGCUGGUGCCCGCUGCUGAUCAUGUUGCUAAGGAGCUGGAGGAGCUGCUGCAAUGGCUGAUGGGAGCUCCAGCGGGGCUGAAGAUGAACCGGGCCCUGGACCAGGUGCUGGGCCGCUUCUUCCUCUAUCACAUCCACCUGUGGAUCAGUUACAUCCACCUGAUGUCUCCCUUCAUGGAGGCCAUCUUGUGGUACGGCGGCCUGUCAGCCUGCCUCGGCUUGACCUUUGCCCUCUCGCUGCUCUCGGACAUGGUGGCCCUGCUCACCUUCCACAUCUACUGCUUCUACGUCUACGGAGCCAGAAUCUACUGCCUGAAGAUCUACGGACUGUCCUCCCUGUGGAGGCUCUUCAGAGGGAAGAAGUGGAACGUCCUGAGGCAGAGAGUGGAUUCCUGCUCCUACGACAUGGACCAGCUGUUCAUUGGAACAUUGCUGUUCACGAUUCUGCUCUUCCUGUUGCCCACCACCGCGCUCUACUACCUGGUCUUCACUCUGUUGCGUCUGGUGAUUGUGUUGUUCCAGGGCGUCAUCCACCUCAGCGUCGACUUCAUCAACUCCUUUCCUCUCUUCGCCAUCGGGCUGCGCGUGUGUCGGCCGUACCGACUCGCAGAGGGUGUUAGGUUCCGAGUGCUGAGUGACGAGCCAGGCACCGCUCUUCACCUUCUGAUGGAGAUUAAUCCUCUGAAGAGCAGCACGGUGGUCCAGACGUACCGCACGCCCACCUACAGCUGCUACCCCAAAGACUCGUGGGCCGCGCUGGUCAAGAAGCUCUUCGUCGGGGAGCUCAUCUACCCGUGGACGCACGAGAGCACCCAGGCCGAUAAAAGGAAAGCUGACUGAGAGGAUGAUGCAGGGGCUGGAGGCCGGUGGCCAUGCUGGAGAGGAGGAAAAGGAAGAGGUGAAUAAUUAAUGAAAUGGAAACAGAUGGACGCCUGCAGAGAGGAAAUGGAAAAACAAAAGUGAAAGCAGCGUGAGGAACGCCGCAGUCGAUGGCGACAAGGGAUCAAACGUUUGUGUGACUUCACAAGCGCUCAGUUGUAAGCAAGUAUUCACAUGCUGCUUCGGUGAAACGAAGACCUUUAUUUUGAAAUAUUUCAUGACGCAGAUCGUUGUCGUCUUGUGCGUUUGAAGGAAACCUUACAAGUACGGGACCAAUCAUGUGAGCGGUUUGCUCGCUCCUCACAGAACCAGCAUUGCAUUCCACUAAUGGACCUUGUCUUUCUCCAAAGUCAAGUACAACCACACACUGGAAUAUUUAGUCUUUGAAACCUGACUAAAACCUCUUUUCUAAUCAUGUGAUGUUAUUUAUCUACAUAAAUACCACUUAUUUUAUUGAUUAUCUUUCAACUUAAGAUGUUUUAGUUACUUAUAAGAUUAAUUUGCUGUUUAUGUAAAGAAAUCAGUCAUACAAAUACUGUUUUAUCUCAGAUUUUAGGUCAGUUUUAAGCAAUGAGCUAAUGUUAGUCAACUACAAGCUAAUUUGUGAUUUUAUAUAUAUUUAUAUAUAUACGUAUGUAGUAUUUUUAAUAAAAGUCUUAACACUAGUUUAGAACAGGGGUGUCCAAACGUUUGCUACUGAGGGCCAAACACUGAAAAAAUUUAAAAAAACAUGUGGCGGCCAUUUUGAUAUUUUUCAUUUUCAAAACCAAUACAAUAUAUAGAUUUUUUUUGUCCCGAGGACCCAAAAGAGUCUCAGUCAGUCAUCCAUCCAUCCAUUUUUUAACACUUGUCCCUUUCCAGGUCGUGGGGGUCUCAGUCAUAAAAAUGUUAAAAAUAAGAUAUAUAGUAUUUUUUUAUUUUUAUUACUCAAGGCUUAAGUCUCUAAAUCAAUUUUAAAUCAUGCUGUUGAUACAGUUUAAAGUAAGAAAAAAAAUGCCCUUUUUGUCAAAGAAGACCGUUUUUUAUGGCAAAAACACAAACUAUGCAAUAUUUCUCCCAAAAUUUGUUAAGGUGGAAUAUUUGAUGUGAAGUAAUUGGAGCUAAAAUAGGUUAGUAAUUCAGAACAACAUUGAUUUUAAUGCAUUAGCUGAGAUAGGCUCCAGCACCCGGAAAGGGACAAGCGGUAGAAAAUGGAUAGAUGGAUGGAUGGAUGGAUUAUUUUUUGAUCAAUGACAGUUUAAAAAAAAAUCCCACUUAAAUUGUUGGAGAUCCAAAAGGGUGUCACUCAUAAAAGUGUUAAAGGAUAAGUCAUAGAUUCUUUUUAUAACAACAUUUAAAUCCCUAGAUCAAUUUCAGAUCUAUCUGUCGAUAAGUUAGUUUUUAUAAUUUUUUCUAUGGUUUUGUUUGUUUUAUGCCCUUUUUGUCAAAGAAAACCCUGUUUUUUUUCAUGGUAAUAACACAAAAUAUGCAAUAUUUUCCCCAGAAUUUUUUUUAAAGUGGAAUAUUUGAUGUGAAGUAAUUGAAUAGGUCAAUAAUUCAUAACAACUUGGGACGGCGUGGCGCAGUGGAAGAAUGGCCGUGCGCGACCCGAGGGUCCCUGAUUCAAUCCCCACCUAGUACCAACCUUGUCAUGUCCGUUGUGUCCUGAGCAAGACACUUCACCCUUGCUCCUGAUGGGUGCUGGUUAGCGCCUUGCAUGGCAGCUCCCUCCAUCAGUGUGUGAAUGUGUGUGUGAAUGGGUAAAUGUGGAAGUAGUGUCAAAGCGCUUUGAGUACCUUGAAGGUAGAAAAGCGCUAUACAAGUACAACCCAUUUAUCAUUUAUCAUUUAACAACGUUGAUUUUGAUUCGUUAGGUUUUGAGCACUGACAGUUUAAAAAAAGAAAAAAACAGCGUGCAUUGCAACUUUUUCUUGUUACAUUUCACCUAUUUUCUUUUUUUCCAAUUUUUUUUUUCCUGUUUUUUAUGUUGUUGGGUUUUUUUUGUAACAGUAUUUUUAUAAUGUGCCGCGGGCCGUUGAAAAGUUAACUGCGGGCCGCAAAUGGCCCCCGGGCCGCACCUUGGACACCUCUGGUUUAAACCAAAUGAUGACAAGCUUUUCUAUGGUAAUAAUUUAUGAGUGUGUGUGUGUCCUUUGUCAUGAGCCAGAUCAUUUGAAGUAUUAAUAUGGACCAGCUGUUAGAUUUUAAAAUACUCAUAUUGUUGAUUUAUGUGAUGCUCUCAGGUUGAGCUUUGCCAGGAAAUAAAACUCAUACAUAACA